CGCAUAUGCGCCUUUGGCCUCUCGUGGUUUUGGUCAUGGCGGCGCCUCUUCAUCCCGCUUUGACGCGGCUGGCAGUCGUCACUGGUGGGAACAAGGGCGUUGGCUUCCACACGGCGAGGCAGCUGAAGGCCUCAGGCUUGCGGGUGAUCCUCGCCUGCCGAAGCGUGGAGCUCGCCUCGAAGGCCGCGGCGGAGCUGGGCUGUGAGUUUGAGAUCUUGGACUUGGGUUCUGCGGACUCCAUCGAGGCCUUUGCCAGACAGAUGGAGACCAAAUACCAGCAGCUGGAUGUUCUGGUGAACAAUGCGGCGAUCGCCUUUAAGGCGGCAGAUCCCACACCCUUCGAGCAGCAGACCAUACCCACGCUGGGCGUGAACUUCUUUGCCACCACGCGCUUGACGGACCGGCUGCUGCCGUUGCUGCGAGCUUCCGCGGCGGCCGGGCGCCAGCCCAAGGUGGUGAAUGUCGCGUCACUCGCCGGAAAGCUUCGGCAGCUGUGCCCAGAGUUGCAGGCCCAGUUCGCAGACCCCGCGCUGGACCGCGGCAGGCUAGUGAGCUUGGUCCAGAGCUUUGUUGCAGCUGUGCAGUCGGGCCGACACAGGGAGAUGGGCUUCAGCAACUCCAACUACGGCAUGUCCAAGCUGGCGCUCAUUGCGUACACGCGCCUGCUGGCGCGCGAGGAAGCAGGCAAUGGCCUGGUGGUGAAUGCCUGCUGCCCCGGCUACUGCCGUACAGAUAUGUCCAGCAACCGAGGAGGACAGGAGCCUUCCGUGGGCGCUCGUACUGUGGCGCUGUGUGCAGUGGCGCCAAAUGUGACGGGGGGGUUCUUCGAGCAUGAGCACCUCUCUGAGUGGUGACGGGUUCUCCAAGUUCUCUUGCUUGGUAGAUCGCUGGUGAGGUUUCUCUUGGUCCUGUGCCUAUCGGAGGCCCCAACUCAUUGUCC